UUCGCUGAACGAUGAUCAUAAUAUAAGCAUCCCGAAAUAAAGCAAUCGCCAGUUUCUCUCUCUGCGCAUUCCGACGGCCGAUCCAGAGAGAGAAACCGUCGCAUCAUACGCACACCGGAGACGGCAGCGGAAUUUGCCGUCACUCAGGGAUUAUUCAUUCGCAAUAAUUUUGAAUUCGAUGUAUUAGUGUUAUCUCGAUUAGUUUAUUUAGUCAUUCAUUUAUGCGAGCUGUAACUGGAUUCCGUGGAACGAUCUGAAACCCUAGAUUUUGUAGUCCUUUUUUUUUUGUUUUAUGUUUUUCCUUAUUCUUUGGUUGCUGAAAUUUUCCGAAUCUAGCGAGGGAGAGAUUAAGUUUUGUUGAAUAUCUGAUGCGGCGGAUCUGAUGUUCAGGAGCGCGGUGUUGAUUUUGGGAGAAUUUUCAGGACGUGUGUAGGAAAAGUAAUAAGGUUCGUGGAAUUGCAAGAAAGUGAAAAGGGGAUAGUGAUUGGGGAGGAUGAUGCAGGUGCAUUUCUCACCUAGCAUGAGAAGUAUAACGAUAUCAAGUGGCAGUGGAGGAAAUGGAAAUGGAGGCGCGGAUUUGAUGAAGAUCAAGGUUGCUGCACGUCACAUUUCGUAUCGCACGCUCUUCCACUCCAUUCUGAUUCUUGCAUUUCUGUUGCCAUUUGUAUUCAUUCUCACCGCCCUUGUCACUCUAGAAGGCGUCAACAAGUGUUCCUCAAUAGAUUGCUUAGGAAGAAGGCUUGGGCCAAAAUUUCUUGGUAGAACAAGUGAUUCUGGAAGGCUGGUGAAGGACUUUGUUAAGAUCAUGAAUCAAGUGAACUCAGAGAGAGUCCCCGAUGGUCUAAAGCUCCCAGAAUCUUUUAAUCAGCUUGUUGCUGAAAUGAAAAAUAACAAAUACAGUGCCAAGGAGUUUGCUUUAAUUUUGAAAGGAAUGAUGGAGAAUUCCGAGAGGGAAAUCAGGGAAUCAAAGUUCUCUGAGUUGAUGAAUAAGCAUUUUGCAGCUAGUUCCAUCCCUAAAAGCAUUCACUGCCUUUCAUUGAGGUUGACUGAUGAAUAUUCUUCGAAUGCUCAUGCGCGGAAGCAGUUACCUUCCCCGGAGUUACUUCAUUUGCUCUCAGAUAACUCCUACCAUCACUUUGUAGUUUCAACUGACAACAUUCUUGCUGCUUCGGUUGUUGUCUCAUCUGUAGUGCAGUCAUCUGUAUCCCCUGAAAAGAUUGUUUUCCAUGUCAUUACUGACAAGAAAACUUAUGCCGGUAUGCAUGCUUGGUUUGCUCUAAAUCCUCCACAUCCUGCUAUAGUUGAGGUUAAAGGUGUGCAUCAAUUUGAUUGGUUAACAAGAGAGAAUGUCCCAGUUCUUGAAGCUGUUGAGAGCCACAACGAAAUCAGGAAUUACUACCAUGGAAAUCAUAUUGCUGGGGCUAAUCUUACUGAUACAACACCGCGAACCUUUGCCUCCAAAUUACAGGCCAGGAGUCCCAAAUAUAUCUCCUUGCUGAACCAUCUCCGCAUAUAUCUUCCAGAGCUAUUCCCAAACCUUGACAAAGUGGUUUUCUUAGACGAUGAUGUAGUGAUUCAGCGAGAUCUGUCUCCUCUAUGGGACAUUGAUCUUAAUGGAAAAGUUAAUGGAGCUGUUGAAACUUGUAAGGGUGAAGACAAGUGGGUUAUGUCUAAGCGAUUUAGGAACUAUUUCAAUUUCUCGCACCCACUUAUUGCAAACAACUUGAAUCCCGAUCAAUGUGCGUGGGCGUAUGGCAUGAAUAUUUUUGAUUUACAAGCUUGGAGAAAGACAAAUAUCACAGAUACUUAUCACUCUUGGCUUAAGGAGAAUCUAAAGUCAAAUCUCACAUUAUGGAAACUCGGAACUCUUCCUCCGGCCUUGAUUGCAUUUAAGGGUCAUGUUCAUACAAUUGAACCCUCGUGGCACAUGCUCGGGUUGGGCUAUCAGAGUAAUACCAACAUUGAGCAUGUGAAAAGGGCUGCCGUAAUUCACUACAACGGCCAAUCAAAACCUUGGCUGGAGAUUGGAUUUGAACAUCUCCGGCCAUUCUGGACCAAGUACGUUAACUACUCUAAUGAUUUCGUAAGGAAUUGCCACAUCUUGGAGUAGAAAUAAACCAACAAGGCACUAUCCGGAGAAACUAUGGGACAAAAGAUGAAAACAUUUCGAUUCCGUCCUUACAGGCUGUAUUACUUUUGUCAGUAUUUCGUGAAGAAACAGGGAAUUUAAAGAGCAUACCAUAUCAAAGAAAACACCCUCGAUGGCAAGGUAUAAGUGUCCCAUUUUCGAAGAAAGAGGAUUCAAACAGACAGGCUUGGGCAAUUGGUAUUUUGAGAUUCAUUCUUUCAGUUCAUUUGUUGAUUAUUUUCUGACCUCACAGGUUGAGCGUGCUUCUCGACUCUACCUUGGUGCUCCUAAGAGUAACAUCAUCGUGUACUAAAACUCGGGAAUGCUUGUUUUAGUACAUGAAAGAAAAUAUCCCGGAAAACAGUUAAAGGUCUUUAAGCCACAUUGGCUGUGGAGAUUAAAUUCUUUUACUUACCAUUUUCUUCUAUUGAGACUUUGGUGCUUUUAUCCCUCCCUCAUUUUUGGUUUUGUGUUGCCAAUUGGCAUUCUUCUUCUAAAUUGAGUUAUGGAGCAGUUCACAUUCACAUUCACAUUCACAUACAUAUAUGCAUUCCUUUCCUGAUGGUAUAACAUUUACAGCUUAUGCAGAGGUCGGUCUAUCAUUCAUUCAUGUGUGUAUGCAUGUAUAUACCAUAUACUGAUACAUAUUACAUUCAUGGGAUAUAUGUUUUAGGUUAAAUAAUUAUUUUUAAA